UUAUCACUCAGUGAAGAGGAGAGGAACUACUGCAGAAAAGAUCUCCUCUUGGAUUUCAAGGCCAUGAUUUUUGAAUGAGAGUGUUGGCCUGACUGUUUCUGUAGUAAAUUGAUAACCCUUCCCCGCUCCUAGUGGUGUCAUCAAUUCAAUAAAUUACAAUUUCGUGAACCCAGAGAGGGGGCAAGCCGUCAAUUUGAAAGUUUGAAUUAAGAGUUCAUCCAAGUCUGUGAUUGUGACAGGGUACCAUACACAAAAUGGCUCUAAGAAGGGUAUCGGCCGAUAUUUUACAGCAUAAGAAAAUUGUGAGAGCUGUUGAAAAAGGGAUACCAGCUGCUUCUGUGAGAUACCAGAAGUUGGCAACGUUGGCGGGCGAGCCAGCUGGGCCAAGUGUCAAAACAGAAAUUCCAGGCCCAAAAUCGAAAAGUCUUCUUGCCGAAUUAUCUGCUAUACAGCAAAGCGGCACGGUGCAACUGUUUGCUGACUACGACAAAUCGAUUGGCAACUAUUUAAUAGACGUUGAUGGGAAUGUGCUGCUUGAUACGUAUACACAGAUAUCAUCUGUGCCUCUCGGCUACAACCAUCCGGCCCUGCUAAACGUCUUCAAAAAUGAUCAUAAUCUUAGAUCCCUGAUAAACAGGCCUGCAUUGGGAGUUUUCCCGGGUGAAGAUUGGCCCCAGAAACUGAGAGAUGUUCUACUGAAAGUAGCACCGAAAGGCCUAGGUCACGUGACUACAAUGAUGUGCGGUUCCUGUUCGAACGAGAACGCCUACAAGAACAUCUUCAUCUGGUACCGGAAUCAGCAGAGGGGAGGCAGCAAGGUCCCCUUCACCCCCGAGGAGUUGCAGUCCUGUAUGAUCAACAAAACCCCCGGAUCACCCAAGCUGUCUAUUCUUUCCUUCCAUGGUGCAUUCCACGGCCGUACCCUGGGAGUGUUAUCCACGACUCACUCUAAGGAUAUCCACAAAAUUGACAUCCCGGCCUUUGAUUGGCCCAUUGCUGACUUCCCGCGUUACAAGUAUCCACUGCAAGAGAACGUCCGUGAAAAUAAAGCUGAGGACGAACGCUGCAUUGCCAAGGUUGAAGAGUUGAUUGUUGAGUACGGCAAGAAAGGUAUACCAGUGGCAGGUAUAGUGGCUGAGCCUAUUCAGGCUGAAGGAGGGGAUCAUAGUGGAUCCAACGAGUUCUUCCAACAACUUCAAAAAACUGCGAAAAAGCACGGUGCAGCUCUGUUAAUAGACGAAGUACAGACGGGUGGUGGGCCUACAGGCAAGAUGUGGUGUCAUGAGCACUUCAACCUCGACACACCACCCGAUGUGGUCACUUUCAGCAAAAAGAUGCAGCUGGGAGGAUACUAUUUGAAGCCAGAAUUUGUAGCAAACCUGCCCUACCGAGUGUUCAACACAUGGAUGGGCGACCCCGGAAAAAUCCUGAUCCUAGAGGCGAUUGUCAACGUGAUCGAGAAGGAAAAUCUGCUGAAAAACGUGGAGGCCACCGGAAAAGUGUUGUACGACGGCAUUUUGCAGCUGGAAAAAGAGUUUCCCGAAGUGAUCAACUCCACUAGAGGUCGUGGAACAUUCCUGGCUUUCGACGCGGCCAGCACUAAGGCUCAAGGACAGAUAUUGACCGGAUUGAAGAACAAAGGUGUGCAAGCCGGAGGCUGUGGAGUGCAAGCCAUACGUCUGCGACCAGCUCUCACGUUCCAACCACUUCAUGCCAACAUUUUCCUAGAUAAACUUCGCAGUGUCCUGAAGGACAUCAAAUAAAUCCUUUAAUUCCUUGUGGAACCCUUAGGGACCCAUAGCUUCCUAUGGAAUCCAUAUUGACCGAUAAAUAUAUGUUGGAAUCCUUGAUGAUCCAUGAAUAAUCGAUUUUGGAUUCCUUGGUGAUCCAUGAAUUGAUUUUGGAAUCCUUAAGAUCCUAUAAAUCGGGUUUUGAAUCCUAGAGGACCCAUGAAUUGAUUGUGAUAUCCUUGAGAAACCAUAAAUUGAUUGUGGAACCCUCAAGGACACAUACAUCGAUUUUGGAAUACUUGAGGACUCUGGAAUUGAUUUUUGAAUCCUCAAGGACCCAUAAAUUGAUUGUGGAAUCUUUGAGCACCCAUAAAUUCCUCAAGGAAUCCUUACAGUCUGAUAAAUUUUAUUUGGGAAUCCUUGAUGAUCUAUGAUUUGAUUUUGGAAUCCUCGAGGACUCAUAAAUUGAUUAUGGAAUUCUCAAGAUCCUAUAAAUCGAUUUAGGAUUCCUUGAGAACCCAUUAAUUGAUCUUGGAAUUCUUAAAAGAGUCAAAAGAACCCUCUACACGAACCUAUCUGGUAUUCCCCCACACGCCGAGAUUUUUAAAUUAUAUCACAGACGAUAUAAUGUAAUAUUUAGAUGAGAAAAUGUUAUAAUUUAUUAUCCAUAAUUAUGUCGGUCUAUUACCCAGUUUAUUCUUGGUUCCGAACUUACCUAAAACGUGAUUUUUAUUAAUUUAUCUGUCAUCGUCAUUAUCAUAAUCAAAAUCAUCAUAUCUUUAAUAUUACUCUCGCACAAGUCUAGGACUCAUGUAGGCAUCAUUCUAAAAAUCAUCAGUUUAGUGAGAGAUCUGAUUUAAUUGAAAUACUAUGGUUUCACUACAUAUUGAACAUUUUUAAAUUGAAUGAUAAGUUAGAUGCUUCUGAAAAUAUUUAUACAUUCCAUGCUAUUAUUAACUCCACAAAGAUUUAAUAUUGAAAUCUUCUAAAGCAUUGACUCCUAUAAAGGCUAAACAAGAAAUGAUAAGUUACUGUAUUUAUUAUGUAAUAAGCUAUGCUAGAACUUUUAACUAUGCAUAGAAUUUUGUGGCAUCAACAUAAAUUAGUUUUAUCCCAUUUGUAUUAUCUACACUACUUAUUUCCUUUAUCAAAUGAAACCAUACUACUUAUUUUAUUGUAUCGAAAACAAAGUUUCACAAUUCAAAUUCAGUAGACGAUGAAGUGAAUUUGCACCUAUAGUGCGAUUUAGUAGUAUUUGAUAAAUUUUAUUCUGAGAUUGUAAAUUAAUUUUGAUGUUUCAAUGUAAAUGCAAUUUUAUGAAACUAUUUAAUUAUGCAAUAAAUAAUGCACAAUCUUAGACCUAAGCUUCUACGUCUUCCAUGAGAAAAAUCAAACAUUUCAAAUGAAAUUAUAUCAAUAUUAUAGUGAUAUAAGCUAUAUUAUAUUGACAGAUAUUUUGAGAUUCUUGUAUUGUAAGAAUAAAUAUCUUUUGAGUAAAAUAGUGUGUAAGAUGUAGCCUAUACCAUUUAUCUAAGCAAUUGCUAUGCAAUCAAUGUAAGUUCAAAAAUAAUAUGAAUGAAUCAAAAUUUGAUAAGUAUAGGUCUAUGUUAUCCAAUGUGAUUUCUAUAUUCAAUCCAGGCUAAUUAUUUAUAGAAAAUGUUGUUGACAUUUACAUGAGUUGAAACAUAAGUAUCCCAAGAUUAUUAAUUUAAUAAGGUGAAAAUUUCAAAUUAAGAUUAUGAGAAAAUUGGGCCUAAACUAUUUUUCCACACAUGUGGGAUUAUUUGAGCUUGUUUGAUUACAGUAGUAAUUAUGAAUUAUUAUAAAAAUCUACAAUCAAAUCUUUAUGAUAAUUUAUCUCUACUAACUUCAGGGUACCCCUACAUAAUAGAUCUAUCACAGUAAUAGUUGGAUAGAAGAAAUUUUAUCACAAUUGCUUUUACCUAGAUCUAGAUCUAGGCCUAGAGUUGAGUUAUAUUCGAGAAUAUUGCAUAGAUUUUAAGAUACCAAUUUAUUUCAUUAUUAGUGUAAUAAAAAAUACAGUAUCAAUAUUAAUAAUAUAUUAGAAAAUAGAUCAAAAGUGCAUUAGGCUAUGCUACUCAAAUAAUUAUGUCUUCCAUUGAAUAGCCUUGAUGAGAUAAUAACUGCUUAUAAUGUAAAUAAUUAUUAUUGUGAGACAUCCAAAUGUAUUUUUGUUUUAGAAUAAUAUUGAUGUUUUUUGUUGAAAUGAAUAUAUAUUUGAGUAUUA